AUGACUUCUAACUUACAAACACGAUCUGCAUCAAUAUCUUCACCUGUUAAAGAAAACGAGACGCUAGGCAAAGUCCAUGCUAUUCCUAAGUUAGAUGGCAAGUCGAAUCCUCUUAGAUCUGUGUCAAUGAGUGGUGGCGGCAGUGUUGGAGGUUCUUCAUUUUUCCACAAGGAUACUUCGAAUUUUUUCAAAUCUGAGGCUACACCGGUUGGAUCAGUAAGUGGUGGAAGUGCAGGUGAUUUGGUAGCUGGUGCAGUAGAUUUAUCUCCUUCCAUGUCAGCAAAUCCCCCGACUUCAGCUGAUUUGGAUUUUGUAGGUGCUUUAGGGAAUCUUGACUUGGACGACGAUUAUGACGUCUCAAAUGGCGGCAAAGAAAGCAAUGGAUCAUCUGAUGAUAAGGAUGCGGUCGACACUACUAGCCUUCAGUAUCAGAAUCAUCUCCAGAACCAACCUUUGGUGUACGGGGAUUUCAAUUUACAGUUUUAUCCCUAUGGUCUUCAGCAUCAGGGUUCUUUAACUCCAAAUAAUGCGGGACCUUUUGGCCAAUCUGCAUUUAUUCAGGGAAAUACCCCUUCCUCAACAUGGAGGAAUACUUAUGUCCCAUCUUCGGCACCACCUUUUUCUUAUAAUAAUGCAAACUCUGCUGGAAUGAAUAAUGCGAACUCUAAAGCAAAAAUGAACUCCAAUGACUUUGCUCUCUCAGUGAAACCCUUCGAGCUACCAGAAGACAGAGUGAAGAAAGAUGCCACUCCUGAUGUACUGCAGUCUUUGCAUCAAUUUUCCACUUCGCCCAAUAAUUUGGGAUUUGGAGGCUCCUUAUCUCACAUUCCCAUUGGGAUUUCUCCUUAUGGUACUGUUUCUGAUACCCAACACAAGAUUGACGGUAGUUCACCAGAAAGCGAAGUUGACAGCUCUUUUCAAACUGAUGCUAUUAGUACUCCUAUCGGUCAUCAGAGCCUUGCAUCAAGGUCGUUUUCUGUUUCGAAUACUCCUACUUCUACCAUUGAUUUCCAAACAAUUGGAGGAAGUAACGAUGGAAAACCUAAUAACGCUAACAAUGUUAUUUCAACAUCAGAAUUGGUACACAGACAACUAUUGAAUGAAGGGUUUUCAUUCCCUUACCAAGGCAUGAUGUCACCACCUCAAUUGAAUAAUGCAUGGAAUCAAAACCAACAUUCCGUUUCUGGAAGGCCCCCACUGCAAGCUAUGUUUUCGACAGUUACAAAUCAGGGUCUGAAGAUCUAUAAUGAUAACAAUAGAACUCCAGCUCCCCAUUAUGGUGGUGCUGCGUCCCAUCGCUACCAUAAUCAUCGCCGCAAUGGCCACGACUCAGAUUCCAAUCGUAAGAUGCACGGUGGUAAUAGAAGAAAGGGUGAAGAAAGCGCACGAUAUGCUAAUGCAGUUUUGGAAGACUUCGUAGGAAACAUUUUUUCUUUAUGCAAAGACCAGCAUGGUUGCCGAUUUCUACAACGACAGCUCGAUAUAUCCAGGGAUUCAGAAAAUAGGAAAGUUAAAGGUGACCUCGUAGCUGCUACUCUUAUUUUCAAUGAGAUUUAUUUAAAAAUCGUGGAACUUAUGACUGACCCAUUUGGAAACUACUUGGUUCAGAAAUUGUUCGAAAAUGUUACAUCUGAUCAAAGAACAAUAUUAGUCAAGAAUGCGGCUCCACACUUCGUUAAAAUUGCUUUAGACCCACACGGCACAAGGGCAUUGCAAAAGUUAAUUGAAUGUAUUUCGACCGAUGAAGAAUCCGACAUAUUAAUUGCCUCGUUUGCACCACAUGUUGUAUCUUUAUCUACAGAUUUAAAUGGAAACCAUGUUGUUCAAAAAUGUUUACAGAAGUUGGAGUCCAAGCUGAAUCAGUUCAUCUUUGAUGCAGCAGCACCUUACUGCAAAGAGAUAGCUACCCACAGACAUGGAUGUUGCGUGCUCCAAAGGUGUUUGGACCAUGGAAAUGAGCUACAACGCAAGCAAUUAUCCCUCAAAGUAUCAGAGAAUGUUACUAGCCUAUCGUUGGAUCCCUUUGGUAACUAUGUUGUACAGUACGUCUUAGCAAAAGGUGAUGAUGAAUCCAUAGAACUUAUAUUCAGAACGAUUACGGCCAAUAUAAUGUCCUUGUCGUUACAUAAGUUUGGAUCUAAUGUUAUCGAAAAAUCGCUUAGAAUAAGAAAGCUCACUGAUACUUUGAUUGAAGAACUCCUCAAGCACCAGGAUAGAUUCUCUGAUCUAUUAAGUGAUCCAUUUGGAAAUUAUGUGCUUCAAACAAGUUUAGAUGUUGCAAAUGGUUCGCAAGCCACUAGGCUCUCAGAGGCUCUCCUGCCCUUAUUACUCAACAUUAGAAAUACUCCCCAUGGGAGAAGAAUUAUGGCAAAACUUCAACCUAUUGUGUGA